AUGCCUCCCAGAGAGAUUCCAGGAUAUUAUUGGGAUAAGGAUAAGAAGCGUUACUUCAAAAUCGAACAGCGCAAGACGGCGCCGAGAAAUGCAGUCUGGUCUUCUGAUAGUGUCAAGAAGCGUAAGGUCGAGGACGCAGAGGCUGCUGAGCAUGCCCAUCAAGUUGUGCUGAACAAGAAGCGCAUUGUUCGUUCCGAGACCCUGGAGCACCCUCUCAUCGGCGGCUUCCUAAACCGUGAGUUUGGUGUGCCUAGACGCGAUCAUAUCGCAACUUCUUUUUCGCAUGGCAUAGUUGAGAAGGGUGCUGUUGAGUUCACCUGGGGCCCACAGCAAACCGCGCUCACCCACAUGGUCGUCACCAACAAAGGUCCCAAAGGACUAUGCAAAGUCUACGCAAGUCCCGAUGGAAGAGUAUGUGAUUCGGCCUAUACCUUGAGAGACAUCGAGUCAGGCAGACUAGGUUCAAAGUUCCGUGCCCGGUUACAUGACGGCCAGUUGAAUGAUGCACAAGCCCUUCAUCUAGGACCAACCCACGAAGCUGUCCCAUCGCCGAUGGCAAGCAUCGGCUAUAGCAGCAAAUAUGAUGCCACUAUUGUUAUCCCUCGCCAGUUCCAAAGACCUGACCCCGUCUUCGUUCGCUUCAACAGAGAUGCACACAACGUACUAGCAAAUAACCUCAUAACCCGCCAGCCCCCCGUCAACCCCCUCCGCCAUAUAGAGACCCACCUUCCAUGGAGUACUAACUUUUCUACAUGCCGAGAUCAGAUAGAGGCCCUCUCAUUAUGCAUAGCUCCAUCUACCAACUCCGAUCUACUUUGCGUAAUUGGUACGACUCACGGCCUAGUCUACUACAACAAUCUCGGAUACAUGGCAGUGCCGUUUGCCCUAGGUAGCUUCAACCUCAGCGACCCCAAGGGCCGACCCCCCACCGCCGAUACCUUUGGUAUCACAUUCAAGGAUCCCAACAUUCUCUUGUUCGGCGGUCGUCCUGGCCGUUUGUUCACUGGGGACCUACGGUGUGAAUAUCCCAAAUGGACCAAUAUUAGGGUCCGCGACACCAUCACCCAUGUCAAACAAGUCGGCGAGCACAAAGUCCUGGUUGCCGGCCUACGAAACAUGCUCUCCGUCUUCGACACUCGCUAUUAUGCAUCUGAGCACCUGCAUACAAAACCCAGGACCACAACCACCCCCUUCCUCCAGAUCGCUGGCUAUAAGAACGGCCCGUACCUCGAUCUCGGGCUGGAUGUGGAUAGGGACUCGGGUGUUGUGGCAGCGGCCCAUGAUGAUGGGAAGAUGGCGCUGUACUCAGUGCACACCGGGCGUCGACUCCGCUGUGCGGAUGUCGAUGGGAUUGCAGCGGGGAGCCCGAUCCACUGUGUCCAGUGGGAGACGUUUGUUGGCGAUAAUGCGCCGAGCUUAUUCGUGGGCGCGGAUCACCGCGUCGGGGUUUACUCGUUUGGGGUUAGGGACCCUGACGCGGAUGAGUAG